GAUCCCAUUUGUUCAGUUGAGAGCCACAUUGCCAGAGACCCCGGCAAUCUCCCCUACUCUUGCAUCAUGUGCUCUAUUAAAGCGCCGGCUUUUGUGCGCAUGUUCCGCCGGCCGUCCGUCGUCGUAGCUCCAUCUCCAUUGGCUCCCCACUUCUCACUCGGCACCCAGCCUCCCACACCGCGCCUGUCUUCUCCCCACAGCAGAGUGCGUGCGCUUAUAGUGUGUGUGUGUGUGUUUGUGUAUGUGUGCGCGCGCGCGUGUACAUCCGACCCACGCUGUGCCUCGGAACUCUGGACUCCAGACGCGCUAAUCUGAAGCGAAAUUCACUCAAAUAAGAUGGAGAAAAAGAGCGAGAUCAACGGGCACGCCGUGCCCGACUCGGCGUCCAGCGGGCGGACCGUGGAGCCCGGCGCGCGGCGCAGCUGCGUGGGGCAUCUGAAGGAGUUCCUAAGGAAGAACCUGCUGGUGAUCAUGACGGUGUCCGGCGUGCUGGUGGGCGUUGGGCUCGGCAUGCUGGUCCGCGGCAUGGACCUGACCAAGGCGCAGAUGGCCCAUUUCGCCUUCCCCGGCGAGAUGCUCCUGCGGAUGCUGAAGAUGAUCAUCCUGCCCCUGGUGGUCUGCAGCCUCGUGUCCGGCGCCGCCAGCCUGGACACCCGCUCCCUGGGGAAGCUGGGGGGCAUCGCGGUCGCCUACUUUCUAGUGACCACGCUGAUCGCCUCAAGCAUCGGGGUCGCGCUGGCCUUCAUCAUCAAGCCCGGCGUGGGCGCGGGGUCCCUGAGCCUGGAGCUGGAGACCGUCAGCAGCAACAAGGAGACCGCCGACUCGUUUUUGGACCUGGCCAGGAAUUUAUUCCCAGCAAACUUGGUGGCUGCUGCUUUCCGUUCUUAUGCCACCGAGUACAAGAUGGUUGCGGCAGGGAACGACGCCAAUGGGACAACCCUUUAUCAAAAGGUGCCCGUUGGCACUGAAACGGAUGGCAUGAACAUCCUGGGCCUGGUGUUGUUUGCCAUGGUGUUCGGUGUGGCGCUGAGGAAGCUGGGAGCGGAGGGCGAGGAACUUAUUCGGUUCUUCAACGCCUUCAACGAGGCCACCAUGGUGCUGGUGUCCUGGAUCAUGUGGUAUAUCCCUUUUGGCAUCAUGUUCCUGGUGGGUAGUAAGAUUGUGGAGAUGGAAGACGUGGUUCUUCUGGUCACCAGUCUGGGAAAAUACAUCUUCGCUUCAAUCCUGGGCCACGUCAUUCACGGGGGCAUCGUCCUGCCCCUCAUCUAUUUUGGCUUCACGCGCAAGAACCCGUUCACCUUCCUGUCGGGCCUCAUCACGCCCUUCACCACAGCUUUUGCCACCUGCUCCAGCUCAGCAACUCUCCCCUCUAUGAUAAAAUGUGUGGAGGAGAACAACGGCGUGGACAAGCGCAUCAGCCGCUUCAUCCUCCCCAUCGGGGCCACCGUCAACAUGGACGGGGCGGCUAUAUUCCAGUGCAUCGCUGCCGUCUUCAUCGCUCAGCUCAACAAUUUCGAGCUGAACGCCGGGCAGAUCUUCACCAUCCUGGUGACGGCCACAGCGUCGAGCGUCGGUGCAGCGGGCAUUCCAGCCGGCGGCAUCAUUACCAUCGCCAUCAUCCUGGAGGCCAUUGGCCUUCCGACCAAGGACCUGUCCCUCAUGCUGGCUGUUGACUGGAUUGUGGAUCGCACCACCACGGUGGUGAAUGUGGAGGGCGACGCUCUGGGUGCCGGAAUCCUACACCACAUCAACCAGCAGGAGGUGAAGAAGCUGCAGGAGCGGCAGCAGGACAAGGAGCUGUUGGAGGUCCGCGUGGAGGCGGUGGCCAACGUCCAGGCGGAGGAGGAGACCUCGCCGCUUGUCACGCAACAAAUCAAAGCCUCCGCGGCCGUACCGGAAGCCAUCGAGUCUGUCCUGUGAGACUCCGAGAGACCUUCUAUUUCAUCUGACCCAUGACCUUUUUGAGCUUUCGCCACUUGCCUCUGACUCAGUAUCCGUUCAGACUAUAAGGUCACAGAGGGUUUCACUUGUGAGGGAGGUGCCACACUGCAGCAACAGUCUGCAGUGGACCUUGUUUGGAUAGUGUGAUUUUUAAAUUUCGGUCUCUUGGUCUCAAUUCCUGGGUUUCCAUCCAAGAAUAUUCCCGCAGAAUAGGAUAUCAUAAAUUUGUGAAUUAAUCAUUUAAAAAACAUUUUGUCAAAUUAGCUGUUAAGUAAAACAAUUUUUUGAUUGAGGCAUUUUGCACUAAUUAGUGCUGAAAAAAAAAAGUACCAAAUUUAAAACAUUCCCAUAAAUGUCGUAGUUGUGUUUGUCUACUGUGCUGUGCAGGAUGCUCACGGCCAUAAGUUUGUAUCUUAGAGCAUUCUCAAGUGCAUUUCUUUUUUAUCUUCAGACAGCAAAUACAACGAUCAACAUUAACCGUAGAACACUAACAACUCGCCAAAUGCUCAAAACGUACAGACAAAACCCGGAUGGCUGUUCGAUCACUUCAACUCAAUGGAAAGUAUUUGCCUUUUAUUUAUUCAGCUCACUGGCUUUAUGUUCUUUGCUGGAUGGAAAGAGCAAACAUUUAAUGUCAAAUCAGAGUGAGAAGAGGUUUAAAAAUGGUUGUUUUCUAUAAUGAGUGUUUUUUUUUAAAAGAUGUACCAAUUCUUCUCUUGGCUGACCGUCAGCCGUAAAUGUCAAACAUUAACCCCCCUAAAUGACAGGCUAAAUAUUUGGCCUCUUGCAUAAUUUGUGUUAAAUCCCUGACUAAUCUUAUUCACCCCUAGGUAAACAAAAUGUUGGGGUCAUGGUUCACUCACUUAGUAAUGAAAAUGACUUCACAAGCCAAGUGAAAAGAUAAAAAAAAGACAGGUAACUUAUCUUCCCGUUCGUUUUCCAGCUGAUAUCAGUAUUUUCCACACAUGCUGCACUCAUUUUGUAAUAGAAGCAGUUCAUGUUUGCUUUGGAAAUGUGGUUAUAGAGUCUGUAUCGGCUAUUCAAAAUGGCUACACACUUAACCACCCAGUCGCCUUAGCUAACCAGAUAUCAAAAGUUUCUAAAUAAAUCAGUAGUUUUUAGUUUGGGAAUUGGGGGCGAGUAAGCUGUGCACAUCUGUGUGUGUGUUGGUAUCUUUCUUACCAAUUUGUUAACUUAAUGUUCCAAUUUAUUUAUAAAAGUAGCUUGUAGCACCUUUGCUAAUUGGUUCGAUAGACACGUUACCAGGGAGUCUAAAAGUAGUUAGUAGUUAGUUUUGGGCUUUGUUUGCCAGCUAAAUCAAACUUUAACAUAAGCCAACUGUUUCUUAGCUAAUGUUUGCUCAGCUGAUAUUUCAGGUGUUUAGAUUAAGUUGUGGGUAGCUAGCCAUUGUAUCAAACUAACAGAUAAUAUGAGAAGAUUGAUUUUUUGAGAUAGCGAACAAGCUACUUAAAAGCCACCUCACAGGAUCCUGUAGAUGACGUAGCCACAAGACACAAUUCAAGUUGAUCCAACGCUGGUUUGCAAGUACUGUUCAACAUGAAAACUCCAGUCUCGCCUUAUUCAAACAGGUAGUGAAUUCAUGGCUGUAGGUAGUUCAGGAUUAAUCCCAGCAAUUUACAACAUAUUCAAAACAUCAAAGCUUCAUCAAAUGUUUACAGGCAGAAACUGGACCCCAAAUGCAUCACGAGUUCAGAUCAUACUGUACAAUAUUAUUUUCAAAUCCAUUCUUUGAUUGUUGUCUAACUGGGGUUUCUAAGGCUUGCGUCAUUACAAAAGCCUGAAUUGUUUUUCUGACAACUGACUAUUUUGUAAUUUGGUCUGAUAGAUACACAAUGAACUGUGGUUGCUACUGUAGAUUUCUCUAAAGGGAACAUUGGACAUUGCCAUACUUUGUUUUUUUAAAUGUGUAUUUUCCCCGAUAUGGGGAUGAAAUAUGUAGGACAGGAUCUGCAUCAUCUCAUAGCUGACGUCAGUGCUGUAUGAGAUACAGUUUGGCAUGAAGGAAACUGCCAAAUAUCUGAUGGUUGAAACCUAAAAAUUGUCCCUUUACAAUGCAGAACUAGACCUGAGGAUCAGCCUGUGCUGUCCUCUGGUGGUGACAGGUGUGAAUAUGAAAAUAGCAAACUGAGGAUGACGCCAAAACAGCUCUGUUGGAUUUUUAUGUCUGUCUAAAACCCAUCAUGUGAUUAAAUCUGUGGUAAAAUGUUCUAUUUAUUUGAUCCAACAUUCUUGAGGAAACAACUGGUGAUGUGGCUGAUCCUGUGAUAUUAUAACAUAUUUUAAUAGGUGAAUGAACAUCAUGUAUGUGAACCAGGUGCUGCUUGAGUUAUGUAUCAUGGGUUGUAUGUUGACACUGUCCAGAAUUAAGAGGAAGUAAACUAGUAUUUCCUGUCAUUUUAGAUUGAACAGAUGACUUUUUUAAGCUAACAACUGCUGUGUUAACACAACGCUCUUUGAAUAGAUGUUGAUGACUGAAUCUGCUACUAUCACAUGCUAUCACACAUAGUGUGGUACAUGUACUUGAUAUAUACGUAUAUAUUUGAAAUUCAUUUAUUGUAAUUCUUUGUGUAUUCUCCUUUCAAUACUUUCCUUAAGUGUACCUUUUUUUAAUUAUGAUGUGAUUUUUUUAAUGACCACUCUUGCCAGUGUAUCUGCUGUCAGCAAUGUACUUCAAUUCCUGUUGAGUUUCAUUUCACUUUUUAGGAGUAGCUACUCCCUUGAUGUGCCAUGUCGAUGUGUAACACUGUUUACAGCUGUCUGUUUGCUGUUGGUCCUGCUGUCUGUCAACAUUAAAAGUGAUACAGUACGUUUUUCACGCAACCCGAACAGAAAGUCUUCUUGUCUUUGUGCUCGUUAUCAUUGAUGUCAUGUUGUUAUUCAGACUGCUGACUGUGGGCAGCUAAAUGAAAAGGAGGAGCAGUAACUGCACAUUUCCAUGCAUUUGGUGACUCAUAGAGGCAAUGACAGUCCCCCCUCUUUUACAAUUGCAUAGCAGCUUGAAAAGACUGCAGUAAGACUGCAGUAACAUCUGCAAUGUACAGUCACACACACAUGACCAUAAGAUGUCUGAAUGCUUCUGCAGGAAGUCAUUGAGGUCACCAGCACCAGUAUCAUCCAUGCCUGUUUUAUGGUUGUAUGUUAUCUCUUUGUCGUUACUUUGUGUCUUAAUGGUCACUGUCAGUCAUUUCACAGUUGUUGUUUAUCAAGUUUAUCUUUUUGGUCAUUUUUUCUAUCCUAAUGGUCUAUUCCGUCUCUUUAUAGUGAUUUUGUGCCCUCUUUUGUCGUAUGUUGUCUCUUUUUGGUUAUUGUGUGUCUUGUCUUUGGUCAUUGCCCAUCUCUGUGGUAGUUUUGUGUCCCUUUGUCUUUGUUUGAAACUUCAAACUGAGGCUUUGGUCCAGGGACCCCCCCCCAACCUGUUAUUUCACCUUGGUCCAGAGCCUCUAUUUGAGUAGUGUCCAUGUCCAAGGGCAGCGAAGGUUACUGUUACUUUCAUGUUCUUGUCUUAAUGAGAAUAUGGUCUAUUUACAUUUUUUACUGGUGCAAUAAUGUUCAAUGUCACUUUAACUAUUUGUCCCAUCUGAUAAACAGUCAUUGUUAAUGUAUCCUCGUAAAUAAAUACAUGAGAGCA